UCAAUUUCUUCGUCCAUGCUUGAUCUUGAUCUCUUUGUAUGUUUCCUGCUCUUCCUUUCUGUAUUUUGAGAAGCCUCUGUGAACGACUCGAUCUUUCUUUAAAGAAGGCCAAUAAUGGAACCAUCGUUACAGAGUCUCAUAAAGGAGAGGAAAUACCCAUUUCUCUUCGCUUCCUUUGUUCUGCUGUUCUGCUUCUCUGUUCUUUUUCUCACUAACAACCGUUAUACUCACCUACCCGUCACUGAUCUCCAGAAUUCUCGUGCGAUCGCUUCGCGUGCCAAUAAUGCUUCGAACCCAUUUCCUCGAAUUCCUCCUCUUACUGCUCCUCCUCCUCCUGCUCCGCCUCUUCCCCAAAGCCCUAACAGGAAAGAGAAAGCGCGAGUGGAGCUAAUAGUUUCUUCUCCUCCUGAUCAGAUUUCCAAUGGCGGUGGAGGAUUGAAUUUAAUGACUUGGGAUCUUUGUAAGGGUCCGGUGGCUGUUGAUUACAUACCCUGUCUUGAUAACAUGAAGGCGAUAAAGGCAUUGAAGUCGAGACGGCACAUGGAGCACAGGCAACGCCUUUGCCCGAAUCCUAGCCCCCAGUGUUUGGUUCCUCUUCCUCAGGGUUAUAAAAUACCCGUUCCGUGGCCGAAGAGUAAGGACACGAUUUGGUUUGAUAACGUCCCUCAUCCUAAACUUGUUGAAUACAAGAAGGAACAAAACUGGGUGCGUAAGUCUGGUGAUUACUUUGUUUUUCCUGGAGGUGGUACUCAAUUUAAAGGAGGAGUGAAGAGCUAUAUUAAGUUCAUAGACAAGACUCUACCAAGUAUUGGGUGGGGAAAACAAACAAGGGUUAUCCUAGAUGUUGGUUGUGGUGUUGCUAGCUUUGGUGGCUACCUGUUUGAGAAAGAUGUUCUCACCAUGUCAUUUGCCCCAAAAGAUGAGCACGAAGCUCAGAUACAGUUUGCUUUAGAGCGGGGUAUUCCUGCUUUUCUUUCUGUCAUUGGGACGCAGAGGUUGACUCUCCCAGAUAAUGUGUAUGAUUUGAUUCACUGUGCACGAUGCAGGGUCCACUGGGAUGGAGAUGGUGGGAAGCCACUAAUGGAGCUCAACAGAAUUCUUAGGCCUGGGGGAUUUUUUAUAUGGUCUGCGACACCAGUUUAUCGGGAUGACCCAAAGCACCUGGGUGUCUGGAAUUCUAUGGUAGCUUUGACAGAAUCCAUCUGCUGGAAGAUGGUAGCAAAGACUGUAGACCCAGUUGGACUUCGAAUUGGGCUUGUCAUAUAUCAGAAGCCUAUCUCAAAUACUUGUUAUGAGGAACGCAAAGAAAAUAAUCCUCCCUUGUGUGAUCAGAAGGAUAUGCAAAACACUUCAUGGUAUGUACCCCUUCGUAGAUGUCUUCCCCCUCUUCCACAAGGGGACUCAGGUAAGUGGCCUACAACCUGGCCUGAAAGGCUUGGUAGUAAACCUCCAAGUUUAUCAAGGGAACCAAGAGCUGAAAAUUUUUUUGAGGACACAAAACACUGGUCCACACUUGUAUCAGAUGUUUAUUUGGAUGGCCUAGCAAUCAACUGGUCAAGCAUACGGAAUGUAAUGGAUAUGAAUGCUGGCUAUGGAGGAUUCGCUGCAGCACUUAUUGACCAACCUCUUUGGGUAAUGAAUGUAGUACCCAUCAAUGGGGCAGAUACUCUUGCUGUAAUUUUUGACAGAGGGCUGAUUGGAAUUUAUCAUGAUUGGUGUGAGGCUUUUAAUACAUAUCCUCGAACUUAUGAUCUCCUGCACUCCAGUUACUUAUUUGGUAACCUAACUCAGAGGUGUGACAUUGUAGUCGUGGCAGCAGAGAUGGAUCGGAUAUUGAGACCAGGUGGAUGGAUUUUAGUGCAAGAAAACAUGGAAAUGAUUGACAAGCUGAAUCCCAUUUUUCAGUCGCUGCACUGGGAGACUGCCAUACAUAAGGAUCAAUUCCUUGUUGGUAGAAAAGGUUUUUGGCGUCCCACGGUUAGCGGAGCCAAAACAUGAGUGGAGGUGCCUAUUUUUCCCCCUUGUACAAUCUUGCACUUGGUCUCUAUUCUUUUAUUAAUGUUAGAAACUGUUAGUUGUUACUCUCUAUUCUUUUAUUAAUUUUAGAAACAAUUAGUUGGCCUAGUUUAUGUAGCUCCGUGAUUUCAAUUUCAUUAUUUUGCUUGU